AUGAGUUGGGCAAAAGAAGAAUGGAAGCAAGAAUUAUCAGCCAAUGCUAUCAAAAAUGUGUACGAGCUUGAGCAAAAAUGUGAAACAUUCCAGAAGGACUGCAAACAAAGGCAGUUUCAGUUGGACAGUUUACAAGCUGCUUUGGCCAAACAGAAGAAGCUAACAGAUGAUGAAAAGGCGAACUCUUCCUCUCUAAAGAAAGAGAAUCAUUCCCUGACUGAAUCCAUUCAAGAGUUAGAGCGAAAUCGAGAAAAGACUCUUCACGAUUUGAAUGCGAAGGAAGCACAGAUUCGUUGCCUUGAUGGUAAACUUGCUCGCUGUCAACAGAUGCUCGAUACGGAAAGUGCCAGUAAACUUCGACUGACAAAUGUUUUGGAUCAUUUACAGCACGAUCAUAACCAGCUUGUGGAAAAAUCUGAAAAACAGAUGGCGGAUUUGACCAAAUCAAAAGAGGCAAAUAACCAACUGCAGAGACAACUCGCCGGUAAGAUUUUCAGUACAGGGCAUGUGUAGUGUAUUCAUUUAAAAUGUUGUACUCCUUACUCCAAAAAAAUUUCCCUUAAAAAAUACAUUCAAAAUUAACUUAUGUCUCAUACACUCUCUUUUUUUGUUGUUUUGACGUUUCCAAUCCACUGUCUGGUGUCUUUGAUGAGGACAGUUUGAUUUUUUUAUAUGGAGAGAAAGAAGAGUUUGAAUAAUACAUGCUGAUCAUUUGAAGGGUCCAUAAGUUUUGAAAUUGAGAAAAAAAUGUAAUUAGAUUAUAAGACAAGUCGUCAAAUCAGGUUUACUGUUUUCCAAGUGCUUCUCAACUAUUUGUGCUGAAAUCCAAGGGACUGCCUAUAACAAUGUAGAGGAAAUGUAUAUUUACUUGUUUUGGUUUUUCUUUUAUCAUAAUUGACAUUUAGUAGAAAUAAAAGGGGGAAUCUGGAAAAUUUUGAAAACAACUUUGAUUUUUAAGGCUACUCAUAAAUUUAACCUUGAUUUCAAGUCAACCUUGAAAUCAACCUUGAUUUCAAAAAGAGAGAUGUUACACAUUUUCAAAACAACCUUGAUUUCAAGACAACUUGAAUUUUCACUGGUGAAUGAUAUUCACAAUGUCUCAAUCGUGAGUUCUGAAGAGGGGUUGUGAAUAUUAUUCUCUGGAACAAUUCUCUUGUUGCACCAUUGGGGUAUUGAUUGUUUGUGUGAAGAUUUUCAAAUAUCAAUGUUGUAUCUUCUCACAAAGAAAUUAUUGUGUGCCUUGAUUUGAUCUUCUGUCAUAACAGUGUUAUCUAAUCAUUGUGAGAGAAGAUUGGCAUUGGCAUAGGUGCCUGUUUUUUAUGAAAAGCUUAUUUGAUAGGUGAGAAGUUAUUUCAAACUUGCAGGGACAAGUUUGAAAAAAGAUUGCAAGAACUUUCAGGAAAAAAUAUGUCAAUUAUUAAAGUUAACCGAUUAUUCACGGGUGCAUGCUUAGUUUUGAUAAAAUGUUUGUGAACAAAAAUCACCUGUCUUUUUGUUUUUACAAAAGCCCAUUUGAAGACAUCAGAAUUGACAACAAAAUUGUUCACCAAAAAACUGGUCUGGUGCAACAGACAAAUUCUGUCACAUUAAUUUGCAUACAAGCUUUAAUUAGUUGUUGCAGACAUGGUAAAAUAUGAACAAGAAACGUAUCACAGAAUUUCCGAUUUAUCUUCAAGCUUUUAUGCAAAGGAUUGUCACAAGAUUCCAAAUACCAGGGAUUUUCCUAAUGAUGAAAAGAUGAAAAUGAUGGAAAAAUUUCCAGAGCUUGUUCCAGCAGAAGUUGAAAGUCACAGAUUUCUCUCAUCAAAUUGGACCCUUCAGUAAGUGAAGAAAGACAAAUGGACUACUUUGGUGUUGAUGAUGAAAACAAAAGAAUUAUACACCAGAGGAGUGUGUUCAGUCCAUAAAUAUGCUGUCAAGUGCUAUCAGAAGCAUUCACAGAGACAUUUUGUUGUAUUCCUCCUUGCAAGGUGAAUUGCUUUCACUCUUGAAAGAUUUCUAUGGUUCAUCAUUUUCUGCUAUAUUGUGAAAUAACCUCAACAUUUCAAGAUCGCAUGCUUUUUUCUUGAUGAAAUUUUACAAAUUUGUCACAGAUUAUCCAAGACUUUUGUGAAGUAAACUGCCACUAAAAUAUUUUCAAAAAAACUUUUCAUGAUGGAGAGAAAUAGAUUUGGAAAGAACUGUGAAAUUGGCUGAAAAAACAACAAAUGAAUGUGAUUGAAUUUACUUAAAGGUUAUCAAUGAUAUUUGCGAUCUAAAGAGCUUUCUCUUUCAUAUUUUUAUCUUGUAUUAAACAUGUGGGCAGUGUGAUGUGUAGGUGAUAAAAAACUUCUUGUAAAAAAUUUGCAUGUCAAGAAAUAAAUAGUAAAAAACCAUUUGAUCUUCUCUCAAAUUCAAAUCUUACUUCAUCAUGUUUACAAGUGGUCCAAGUUUUUUUUCAAUAAUUUUCCCUGAUCUGUUCUCUUAUAACUUCAAAGUCAAUCUCAGAUGAGCUUUUUGCAUUAUUUCUCAACUGUUUUUUCAGGGAAUAAUACUGCUCAAUCACACACAAAAUUGAGUCAAAUUCAAUGUCAUAUAUUGUUAUUUUCAAUUGCCUUUGAAAACAACCCACUGACUGACAGCUUCUUUGUCUGAGCGAUUGAAAUAGUUUUUUCAUGUUUUGUAAUUUUUGUUAUUGAAAGUUUUGCUCCCAACACUAAGUGCUGGUAAUGUAAAUCCCAGAAAGGCAGCUAACGCCAUGGGUGCCCCCACAAUAAUCCCAAUUCCACUCAAAACCACCAUACUGCUUGUUGACAAUACAGCCAAUGUUACUCCUGUCACAGGGUAUGCUGUGUAGCAAACAGAUCUAAUUUUCUUUAAUUUGCCAAGAAUAUAAUUAUCAGUUAUGAGAAAUCUCACUCUCAGGUUCCUUCUGACAAUCACAAAUCAUCUUCAACCUGAAAUUAGCCAGUAUUGAAUAAAUCAGCAGUGCACUAAAGGCCUGGCCAAUGGCUUACUGCUCAGCAGCCCGCCCCUUCAGGGUUUGGACCUGAAUAUUUCAGCAGACAUUUUUAAAUCAUUAAAUUAUCUAUAACUCAAACCUCAUUGGCAUAACACUGAAGUUAAUGAUCUCCUUAUUCUUGUCAGAAACUUUAUAUGGACAUGAUAUCAUUCCUUGUUGAUAUUUUUCUAACAUGGGGUUAGGCAAGGAAUAAUUUGCCCUUUCAAACUGGCUCUCAGCAAUGUCAAAGCAAUCAAGAAUGCUUGAGGGCUCCUCAUUGAGUGGUUUCCAUCCUUGUCCAAAAGAUCACAAUGGACAAGGUGAAUGAAGUUAAUUGGAUUAUGAGAUUUUUCUCUUAUAAAUGUUGAUCAAACCAUGAGUGAAGAAAGAUCUCUAUUGAGUUUAACUUUCUUUUUCCGGGGAUUAAGGAUUACCUUUCCUACCCUUUGAAUCAUUCAUUGUAACUUUAAGUCCUUUACCUUCAGUUAAUAAUUUUUACAAGGGCUUUCACAAGGCCCUCAAGAGUGUAUUUGCCUGAAGGAAUUGUUUCAACACUUACAUUGUUUUGUCUAUUGGUGAUAGAUAUUUCUCCUCUUCUCUUUAAAUUAUACAAUGAAUUAUAGAGAGAACAAGACAACAGUCUGAUAUAGUUUGAUUUAAUGAGAGGUUCUCAGAAGCAAACUGUGUAAUUAUUUGAAUCUGCAUUAAUUGUCCAAACAACCAUUUUGAUUAUAAAAGCAAGAAAAUGUUUAACUCUUCAAGUUCCAGCCCUUUGGGGCUUGCGUAGCUAAAAUCAGAUGAAGUGAGUGAAAUUGCAGAUAAAGCAAAGACAAAAGCCUGGAAUAAUUUCAAAGCAUGAUAUCCAAAUGCAGACUUGAGUAAGUUCAGUGCACAAGUUUCGUUUGAUUAUAAAGGACAAGCAACAGCUGCAGUUUACUUCAGUCGAUCAGAUGAACUUCAAACAAGUGUCUCAAGAGCAGACAGAAGAUAUUGGGAUAGUGACAUGAACAAGACACUUUUAAUUGGAGGUUUUCCUCUUGAACUCGCUCUGAGGCUUUGGCCACGCACCAAAAGGGCUAACUUUAUCAAGCAAGCAUUAUCCAGGCUGGAUAAUUUACUUGUGGCCAUUUAUACAGCUGUACUUCUUAGUUUAGAAACAUGCCUGUACUAGCAGUCAUAUUCUAAUGCAAUAUCAGAGAGAAAAACAAUAAUUAUUUUCAGAAAUUGUUUUAACCCUGUAGUUAGCCCUACCCUUUAGUUUUUUUAAACUGUUUUCUUGAUUUGUCUGGUAGUUUAAACUAUAAGGGGUCCUACAUUAGUUCACAUUAUCAUAGUGAUACAGUUUUUACCUUCCUGCAUGACAUGAGUGCAAUUUCACCACAAACUAUUUUACUGUUGCUUAUCUAAUGGAAAGUAUGGUAAAGAAACUGCUUGUCUCUAUAGGUCAUAAAGAAAGAGUAAGAGCAUUAGAGAGUCAACUGAAAAGACUGGGCGAAGAACCACAUGCAAGAGUGCAGAAGAGCUCAUCUGGAUCAGAAUCUGAGUUGGAAUGGCAUUCUAAUCAGGAAAACAAGAUCAAGGAAAUAGAAGCAAACCUUCAAAUGGAGAGAGAACAGCGCCAGAAAAUUGAAAAAGAACUACUUGAACUAAAAUUCAUUCCUGUAAAAGUUGACAGUGAGGUAUGAUGAAAUACAAUUAUUAGGUUUAUAAGUCAGAGUUAUUUGCCUUGCUGCUUCAUGGCUCACUAAAUAUCCAUGACUUGUCACCUCCACUUUGUGUUGGCUUAACUUCUCUUGGAACUAAAUUAAACAGACAAUGUAUAUUUACACUGACUUGUUUUAUUCUUACUAAAAAUUGGUUGAAGCAGGGUCACUGGGACCUCUGCCUUUUUUAGGGAGGCUUUUGUACAAAAAUGGGGUUCAAAGAAAGGGCUACUGCACCCCAAAAAGUAUUAAAACUUAUUAGUAUAGUCCAGUUGGUAUUAAUAAAACCAAAGAUGAGAAUGGCAAUAGAGACAGUUGGAGGUCAUUAAGUUCAAAGUGAGUUUUCUACAUCUGCAGCUUUUCAUAUUGAUAUUGUCAAUUAUGUUUUCAAGUACUUUAACAAAGAAAUAAUAAAAGUACUUUGAAAUACUCUUUUUUUUCGUCAGGCACAAUUUUAAGUGCCCCAUGUGAUACUCUGAAGCAAUAUUUUUUUUUCAAAUUUCAGAAAUCUCACCAAAGCUGAGCUCUAAAAUAAACCAGGGCUGUGUCAAUAUAAUUUUUUAAUCAUAGCCAGCGUUUUUCUCAGGGUAAUCAGUGAAUUGCACCAGUUGCUGGCUUACUUUGAGAAACUUGAAUGUUAAAAUAUGUAAUAAGAAUGCUCACAGCUAGAUUGACUUACUUUUUACUGCUAAAAAUUUUUCAGGUAUCUUUGCCUUCUACUUCAGAAAUUAAAGACUCCUCUGUAGAGCAAGAGUUAAAAUCUAAAAUCAUCAAACUAGCUUCUGCAACUGAGAAACUAGAAGCAAAGGACUCAGAACUGAAGGAGAAGCUGAGAGAAUUAAGUGAAGUGUCUGAAUGCCUCCACAAAAAGGAAAAUGACAUUAAAGAGAUGAGCACAAAACUGUCAGAGAUCUCCACAAUAAAGUCUCAGCUGGUUGAAGCAAACACUAACAUAGAUGCCUUAGGUAAGUUAUACCUAUGUAGUUGACACUGUGUAGUAAUACUCACGUAUACUGCAGCAUCACAUGUGUCAAGUGCAGGUAAUUUCUGUGCAUUACGUGCACUUGGCAUGAAAGCAGGUGCUGCAAUACAUGUGAACAGCACUGUGAGUGUGACAGGCCCCUGAUAUUGACACUAUGACAUAUGGCAUACUAUAAAGAUUUUGUAAGUUUUUAUUGUGUGGUUUGCCCAUGUAGCUAAUGGUAGGUUCUAAAAUUAUAUACAGAUGACUGUCCAAAUUUGAUUCAAUUUUAGUGGGCAAUAUUGUACCAAUUCAAAAAAGAAAAAUGCAAAAAAAUUCUGCAAAAGAAUGUAUGAACAAAAAGCCUUGUUUAUGGCAUUUUGUUAAACAAAACUAUUAAUUAAUGGUUAGUGCUAUGUUUUAUUUUGAAAGAACAAAGGGCAAAGCAAAGAGAGUUGGAUAUGGAAUGUCAGCGUCACAAUUCAGAGGCUGUCAUCAAAGGGUUGAAUGACAAGUUAAAGGAGAAAGAUAAAGAACACAGGUGUGACUCGCAUUUUUGAAAUUCAUUCAGAUUAGCAAUGUUAAGCUGCCCUUGAUCCUUGGCAGAGUCAAAGUGUUACUGCAUGUUCUUGGGAAAGGCACUUUACUGUCAUAGGGACUCUGCUCAAGAGUAUUCAGACAAACUGGCAGGAAACCUGAGUGAAUUGAUUCAGGUAUAACUUUACUGGGUGUGUGUGGGUCCUGAAAAACCUGGAAAGUCAUGGAAUUUUAUAAUUCCUUUUUAAAAACCUGGAAAGUCACAGAAUUCAGGUUUGACUGCUGGAAAAUCAGGUAAAGUCAUGGUGAAUCAGCAGGCUUUCUAUGAAAGAAAAGCAAUGCAGAUGCAAUUUGCUUGCCAUUUAGAAUGAACUGAUCAGUACAUUUGCUUAACUUAGGUCAUGGAAAGUCAUGGAAUUUCCACAGCUCAAUAGUUAAUGAACCCUUUUUGGGCCUGACAUCCCAUUCCAGGCAGAGUGACAAUACCUCUAUGUAGGUCAUGAUACUAAAAGAACUAGAAGUUCAUUUGGACCACAAAAGAGAUGAUGAUAACAGGGGAAACCAAAAACAUGCCUACAUGCAGUUUUGUGACCCACAAAUAAUUUAAAGAAUUUGUCGGCAUGCUAAUAAUUUCAAAGUUCUAAUUCAUUAACUUACCGAGGGACACAGCUAAUAUGGCUGACUAUCAAACAAUUGUGGGUAGUCAUUUUUUAAGUUAACUGAUGGAGAACUUCAUACUGUGUUUAGCAACUGGCCUGACAGGUGUAAUGGUAAAAAUUUUGACUUAAAUAGAUUUGACUCAGAUAAAUAUGACAAAUAUAACCCUGGCUCAAUGCUGGUCACUCCCUGCUCUGAAUAUUAUUCAGUUUGUGAUCUCAAUAGAAAGCAAACUUAUUCUUGCACAGAAUAUUUUUCCAACCUCUACUUUAGUAUUUAGUUUAUUUAAACAAAGUUCAAUAAAGAAUUUGAACUCAGUAGAAAAAUUGUUAUACUCCUUAAAUGCCAAGCUAGCCAUUAUUGGAAUUACUGAAACAAAAUUGAGUGAGCAUUCUGUUGUUGUUAAUACUAACAUACCAAGCUAUAAUCUCUUCUAUACCAAUUCCCUAUCAAAUGCUGACAGAGCAGCCUUAAAGGUAGCAAAUGAACCUUUGAUAAGAUUUACUAACUGUGCUUUAUCUUGGUCAAAAUAUAUAUUUUUUUUAAAAUCUCUCAGCUGAAAAUUCCUAGGUCUGAGAUGAUGGGUUAAUGAGCUGAGGUACUGCAUGUUCAACUAGGUUGAAUGAGAUAAAGGUAACUCUCAAACUCAUUAAUUAUUCAUAGGGUCAUUAGCCAAUUAGUCUUCUUUUAGUCAGGUACAUGACCUUUGAUAAGAUCUGGCUGUCAUGGGUCACAAGAUAAUAAAAGUGAAAAGUAGGUCUGAGAGUUUGACUGCAGCCCAUGUGUCUUAUUUCAUUGAAAGGGAGAGUGUGUCUGGUCACCUUACAGUCUACAAGUAACUGCUUUCCUCCAGAUAUGAACAAAUAUGUCACCAAUGUUGUUGUGUGAGUUAAACAAGUUUUUCUUAUCUUUGUUAACAGACAAGAGAUGCACUCACAGUCACAAGCCAUUGCCGCAUUGGAAAAACAGUACUCUGACCAAGAGAAGAAAUCAAGUAAUAUACAAAACAAACUCGAAAACAGUCAGAAACUGAUAGAAACUAAAGAUCACGACAUUGCUCGGCUUAAAGCAAGCAUCAGCGAGUUGGAAAACAAGAUUAAACAGAAGAGUUCUCACCUUGACAAUAGGUACACAGAAUUAGGGCAGAAGGCAAAAGACCAGCUCGAAGAAUGUGUUAAAAUGAAGAAGGAAUUAGAUGAUGCUAAACUGGCUCUUGUGGAAAAAGAGAGCACAAUGGCUGAAUUAAACCAAUGCAUUGAACAGAUGAAACACACCCUUCAAGAGAAGGAGACAGAUUUGCGUUUUAAAGAGAAGGAAACUCAAGAGUCACGUGGUGAAGAAAACAAGAAACUAACAUCAGCGAUGGAAAAAAUUUCUCUGUUGCAAAAACAGAAGGUGGAUAUAGAAACCGAGAGCCAAAAAGCAUUACAACAAAUCUCUGUUGAAGUAACUACAAGGUCGAAAGAACUUGAACUUGAAAGACAAGAGGUAGCCAAGCUCAAGGAAAGAGUUAUGUAUUUGGAGAAUGUUGUCGUUGGGAAGGAGAAGGAAAGUCAGACGAGUCAAGAGUCUUAUAAGAUGCUUUGUGACAAGUUGCAAGCGGCAGAGGUGGACAAAGCCAAUAGCAAGAUGGAGUGGAUGAAGGAAAAAGCUGUUUUGGAGGAGAAAGGAAGAUCUUUACACAGUGCCAUGGAAGCAAUGAAGAAUGAUUUCAAGGCAAUGCAACACGACUACAAAAAGGCUUGUGAGCUUGCCGAUAUGAAAUCAGCAGAGGCUACUGAUGUGAUUGAUAAAUUGGAAUCCUCGCAGAAGCAAUGGCGAGAGCUUCAACAAAGACUAAGUCGAACUGAAGCAGUUCUUGGGGAGAAAGAAACCUCUGUAACUUUGAUGAUGCGGGAAAAAGAUGAAUUGCUAAAGGAAAAACAGCACAAAGAAGACGAAGCUGGAAGAAACAAAGAAGAGCUAGAUCACCUACUUAUUGAGAAAGAGGUAGAAAUUGAGAGAUUAAACGAAGUGUUAGAAUCCACAAACUUGAAGUUGGAAACAAUCAAAGUUAAUUACAAAGAGAAAGAAAACGAGAUCGAGAAACUGUCGUUGAAGUUGGGGAGUAUCGAGUCACAGUACAAAAGAGUGGAAGAUUCUUUUCAAAUCUCAGAAGAAAGUUUGUCAAACAGCAAAGAAAUGCUGAGGAAGAAAGAUAUUCUUUUACAAGAAAUAUCGGCUGAGUUGGAAUCAAAAGAGAAAGCCCUAAGUGAUUUGCAACUACGACAUUCAGAAAAAUUAGCAAAACUCAGCGAAUUACAAAAAAAUUACAGUUUCCUUGAAGAACAGAAGGAGGAAGACAGGAAAAUCAUGAAGAGCAAGGACGAAGAAAUUGUUUCACUAUUUAAAGAGAUUGAUCAGAUCAAGGGUAGCACUGAGAAGAAGCUAGAUGAAAUGAAAGAACAGUGUCAUGCAACCAAAAAUGAGAUUGUGUUUUCACAAGAGAAGGCGGCAAACUUGGAGAUGUUGCUUCAAAGUAAAGAGGGAGAUUUGGUUGAGACCAAGCAAGAGUUAACGAAUGCUAAAGAAGAGCUUGUUACUCUCAAGAAGUAUCUUCCAUUGCAAGAGGAAUCAAGCAAAGAAAGUGGAAGAGAAAAUGAAAAGUUGAACAGUGAUUUGAAACAAAUGUCCGCAUUGCUAAAAGCUAAGAAUGUGAAGUUGGAAGAAUUAACUGACAGUCUGAGUAAUCUUAGAUUCGAGCACGAGUCUGUUCUAGAACGAACUAGGCUUGAAUUGGACCAGCAUAAGAAAGAGGAAGAAAGACUGAAAGAACGCCUUGAACAAGCAAAUUCUGCUGCAGAGAGUAAAAAAGAGGAGUUAGAGGCUGUUAAUUCUCAGUUAGAAGCCUCAGAAGCAGAAAAAACAGAAUUAAGCUCCAUGCUCGAUGAACUUUGUAAUACAAACUUCAAGUUAGAGGAUCAACUCGCAGAGAAGACAGUACAGCUUGAGCAUUUAUCGGAAAUUGUGAAAAGCAAAGACGAAGAGCUGUCAAAUCAAAGCAAACUCAUUACAAGUCUUGAGAAAGCUAAAGACGAGGAAAAAGGAAGAAUUAACGAGAAGUGUUCUACUCUGCAGAACCAGGUUGUGUCAUUACAAGAAAAGAGCAUUCAGUUGGAAGCCUGUCUUCAGACCAAAAACACUGAGAGCGGCAUUGCAACAGAAAAAAUACAGCAGCUUACUUCUGAAAUACAUAACCUCCAAAAUGAGGCCAUAUCAAAGGGGGAAGUGAUUUCAGGAAUGGAGAAAGAGAAGGCAGCAUUAGUAGAAACUCUCCAGUUUAAAACAACCGUCCUCGAGAGCAAAGAAAGAGAUUGCAAAGCAGCUUCUGAUAGUCUUGCAGAGUUGAAAGCAAGUGGGCAGUCAACUCUUGAGACUACACUUGCAGAACUGGAAUCCUUGAAGACAGAAGUUGCUUGUUUGACACAGAAAUUAAACCAAAGCACUGCAGUUAUUACAAUGAAAAAUGAAGAGCUUGAGAGCAUACGAAAACAGAUUCAGGUUGUGGGGGAGGAGAAGGAAGAACUGGCUAUCAAGACGCAAGAUUUACAUGACCAGAAUAGAUCUCUUAGAGCAGAGAUCACAGAACUUCAAGACACUGUGCAACAAAUCACUGCAGCUAGGAGCGAUAAAGAUCAAGUAAUCGAGGGUAUUAGAAACCAACUUAAAAUUCUGGAGACAGAAAAGGGAGACCUUGGUACCAAGACACAAGAUCUACAUGACCAUAAUACAGCGCUAAAGGAAAAGAUCACGCAACUUCAAAACAGCCUAGAACAAAGUGGUAUAGCCAUUGCAAGGAGGGAUGAAAAACUAGAGAUCAAACUUCAACAGCUUCUUUCCACAGAGGAUGAGAAAACAAAGUUGGGUGUCCAUAAAGACGAAAUGCACAACACUAAUAUGGCGUUAGAAGAAAAGAUUGAUGAGCUUCAAAGCCGUGUUGCACAGAUGUCCGAUAUACUGAAAAGUAAGGAUGAAGAGUUGAUGGCAAAGACCAGUAAACUUGUCGAAUUAGAGACUUCUGGCAACCAACAAAUCUCGGAGUUGGAAGGAAAGUAUUUAGCUCAAGAGGGUAAAAUGAGAACAUUAGAAGAGACUUCUACUCAGUUAAAGGCUUGCGUAGAGGGUAAAAAUGAAGAACUGAGUUGGUCAUUGGCAUUCCAAACAGAAUUAUCCGAUAAACUGCGUUCUUUGGAAGCUUUAAUUGCUGAAAAACAAGAAUCUUUGAAGCAUGCUGAAGAAGAACUGAGAAACGUGAAACAGAAGCUUCAGCAACAGCAAGUUGUUAUCGAAGAUAAAGAGGUAAAGCUCAGGGAGGCGUCUGCGAGUUUGGAACAUGAAAAGUGCAAAGGAGAUCAGACCAUCAAAGGAUUACAAGACCAGCUGGAUGAUUCGCAAAAUGCGCUCGUUAUGGCGAAGGAAGAGUUGGACAAAAUGAAUGUAGUUCUUGAAAUGAAAGACCAAGAUGUCGAGUCAAUGUAUGAACGCCUCGAAGCUGCAGAACAUGAAAAGAAAACUCUGGAGAGUAGACUGGAUGAACUAAAUACGCAGUUUGAGCUAUUGAAAGGCAAGAAUACCCAAAUGGCGACCGAUACGGAACAGUUGUCAACCAUACUGAAAAGCAAAGAUGAGCAACUUGCUGAGAAAAGACAAGAGAUACAGAAACUUCUUAAACAAGAUAACACUGAGAGAGUGGCCGAGUUGCAGAAUCAGAGUGCUACGCAAACAGACAUGAUUGCUUCGUUACAAAGCAAAUGCAGCCAGUUGGAGUCUUUUGUGGAAAGUAAACAGACGACACUCGUCGCCUUGGAAGAAAAAUUACACGAACAGAGGGAAAAAAUUGGCCAGCUUCAAGAAACUAUUGGUAGAGCCAGUGAGGAAGCAGCUAAAGAGAGACAGGAAAAUGAUGCAUUGAAGAUCAAGUUGGAACAGACUGUGACAAGUUUUGAAAGUAGAGAAAAAGCGCUGAAAGAAACCCUGGAAGAGCUGGAGGCUGAGAGAAGUAAGCAGCAAUCCGACUCUGAGACACAUUUCUUAGAAUCGAGAAGUGUUAAGGAAGAUUUAUCGUCAGUAUCAGAAAGGAUGAAGAGAAUGAGUGCAGCCCUUGAAGCUAAAGACUUGGAGAUCAUGUCCAUGAUUCAACAGCUAAAAUCUGCAGAAGAGGAGAAGGCAGGUUUAGCAAAUAGAAUGGAUGAAUUAGAUAGCUUGCGCUUAAACUUGGAGGAAAAGAACACUAGUUUGGAAAACAAACUUGAGCAAUUAUCCAUUGCGCUGAAAACCAGCGAGGAUGCACUAAGAGUGAAAAACGACCAAAUUGAUGAAUUUCAGGUAUUAAAUGGAAAGGAAAUUGCGGAAGUGAGGGAACAAGAGACGGCACAGAAAACUAAAUUUUUGCAGCUACAAGAGAGGUGUGGUCAUUUGGAGGCCUGUGUUAAGAGUAAAGAAUCAGAAUUGAAUGACUUACGCUCCAAAGUAGAAGCGUGUGACAACUCAGCUGAAGUAGAAAUUUCAACUCUGAGAGAGCAGUUGGUAACGAGGGAAAGUGAACUGAAAAGUAAAGAGAUUGCAGAACAGGACCUUAUGAGAAAGCUUGCGCACAAGGAAGACCAGCUUGAAGGUGCAACAAAUGUGGCUCAUGAGCAAAGUGAAAACUUAAAACAACUAGAGGCUCAGAAGGAAAUUUUACAGAUGGAUCUAGAAGAUAAGGACUCCGUUGUCGAGUCUCUGAAAAAAAAGAUUGAAAUAUUGGAGGCAUCAGUGGUACAAUUCAAGGGAAGAAUUGCUGAAAAAGAACAAUCAAAUGAAAAACUAACCGAAGAACUUUCUAUUGUAACCAAUAAACUUGCUGAGAGCCUGUCAAAUGUGGAAAGUAACGAGAGAAGUAUGAAGCGACUCAAACAAGAUAUCCAAACAUUGGAAACUCAGUUGCUUACUGAAACAAAGAAGAGUUUGACGAUGUCAGAGGAAUUAGGGAACGUGCAAACAAGCCUUGAGAACACGCUGGUAAAGCUUGAAGAACAAUCAGCAGAAUUACAUGAACUAAGGGAGAACAAGGCUGCCAAUGAAGACAAAGUUUCCAAACUGCAGAGUCAACUUGAAGAGUUGGUGAAGACUCUUAGCAAAACAGAUAGCGAUAGAAUGGAAGUGGAAGAUCUGUUGAAAGCUGCUGAAAAGAGACUUGAGGUGGACACAGAGCAGAUGGGGAAAGAAAGGGAAUCGGUUGUCCAUGAAUGGAGAAAACUGCUGCGAGAAAAAUCGGAAGAGUGUUCUUCUGCACUCGGACAACUUCAGAAGUCCAAAGAAGAGAUCGACCGAUUGAAAGACACAGUUGUCCAUCUUGAAAAUAUUUCAACUUCAAAGGACCAGGAGAAAAUGAAGAUAGAAAGUUCCUAUGAAGCUUUUAUUGAGAAAACGCAGAAGAGAGAGGAAGAGAUGCUGAGAGCCUGUAGUGACCUUGAAGAUGAGAAAUCAUCAUUACUUGAAAAGACAAGAGAAUGCCAAGCAGCAAUGGAAGGUUUGAAGCAUGAGUGCAAAAUUUAUCAGCAAGAUUGUAAAAAGGCAUGCGAGCUUGCUGAUUCCAAAGCUCAAGAUUACAGAGAAGUGGUAGAUAAACUUGAUGAUUCACAAAAAUUUCUGCAGGAAAUACGCCAGAAACUCUAUCGUGCUGAAAUUGCUCUGAAAGAAUCCGAAGAGGAGAAAAAACAAGCAAAGAAAGAGAGUACCGAUUUAAUGAAGCAGAAUACAAAACUGAAGGAAGACUUUGAUACUAGAAUUGAAGAGUUAAAGGAAGAGAUCAGCGACAAGCAAGAGAGAUUUUCAGAUCUUUCUAGACGACUGGAAAGUAGUGAAGCCAUGGUUAAAGCUUUGGAAACCCAAAAGUACGAGUUGGAAGGCAUGCUAAAGCACUCUAAGGAGCAGUUUUCCUACGUUGAAGAAAGGUUGCAGACCUAUGUUACAGAUAGGGAUGAAAAAGAAGUAAUGGCAAGAAAUGAGGAGGAAAGCGAUAAAUUUGUCGGAAUCCUCCAAGAGCAAGUGCAGUGUUUAGAAGCCAGCAAAUCUGAGCUGAAGUCGGAGUUGGACAACAAAAAGAACGAAUUGAGCCGACUUCAUGAUGCUUAUAACUCUAUGGAAGCUGAUUGCACAUCAGCAAUGGCCUUGAAAGAUUCGGAGAUUGAACAAAAGAACGAAUUGUUAAGAGAAAAAGAGCAACUCGCGGUAAAUAUGGCUGAGAAAGCGCAAAAAGAAGUUAAAUUCCACAACGACAAAGUUGGAGAGUUGGAAAAUAAUAUCGCUGAACUUUUGUCAGAUAAGCAGGAACUCCUUUCAGCUGUAGACAGAAAAACUGCAGAAGUGGAUCAGUUGGCUGGGAAAAAUGAUGAACUGGAGCAAGCUUGUAGAGAACUGAGACGAGUGAAGGAGAGUGUGGAGGGCAGAGUUGAUAGUCAGAAGGGUCAACUGGUAGAGAUAUCAAGUGAGAAUGCUCGACUUGAGGAGGAAAUGUCUGCCGUUAGAAUGGAGCUUGAAUCAGCAAAGAAACAUUCAGAGGACCAUAGGAGAAAAUGGGAAGAGGAUCAGACUCAGGUGAGGAAAAUGGGUCCUUAAGAAAACCAUGGCUAGGUUGGUAUGUUUUAAUAGAAUUGAUGUGUUACAGAAUUAUACGUUAUUAUACGAAGCAAUUUUUAUACGAAUGAUAGAUGGGCUCCAAUGGGUCGGUACCUAAAGGUUAUAAGAGACUUUCACGGGCGGGUCACAGAAAAUUACGAUUGAAGCGAGUGCUUUGAGUUAAUUCCUAUAAGACUAACAAUCAUUUUGAAACUUCAUUUUGAAGCCGAGAAAAGUAUGUCUUGCUUUGGCUAAACGAUUGGCGUUAGUGAUAGCCCCUUAUAGUGAAAUUUUUGUCUUUUUCAGUUGACCCUUCUACAUUUCUUAGUGUGAAAUGGACUCUUCCUCAACGGUUACUAAGCUUAGAGAUUCAGGUCGUGAAAAAUAUGUUUUAAUUUUAUUUUGCUUAUGGUUGGUUUUUUAGAAGAUCAAAGAGUUGGAAAAAUUACAGAACUUGCUCUCUGCAAGAUGCACUCAAGUGGAAAAACUUCAAAGAAGUCUCAAUGAUCAAACUGAAAUAUUAGCGUCUCUCAAGGAACAAGUCAGAUCACUCACUACAGAACUGGACUCCGUCACAACUGAGCACAAACAAUGCGAGCGGAAAGACAACAGUGCAAGGAAUCUGCAGGAGCAAAAAGUGGAUCUCGGGAGUCCUAGCUACCGCAAACUUGAGGAAAGGCUUGAAAAAGAAAUGAAAGAAAAGGAUGAAUUAGCAAAUACCGUCAAGGAGAUGAGAGGCAUUCUUGAACAAGAGAAGAAAUGUGUCGAGAGGAAGAAGGAGGAACUGGCUGAAAUGAAGACAUUACUGCAGCUUACUGACAAGGAGAAUGAAGAAUCGAGCAAAGACAAGGAAACAAAAUUAGUCGAACUAACAUUUGCCUAUGAAGAUCUUAGGAAGAACCUCGAUAUCAUGGAAAAGAAUUUCGAGGAUAAGUGUAAAGAGCUAAGGCAGGUUAAAGAACAGCUUAAGCAAACAGAAGAGGGGAGUGAGGAGAUGAAGGAAGAUUAUGACAGAGAGUUGGACAGAGUAAAGUUUGAGUUGCGUGAUGCCAUCAAUGAUUGUAAUCUGCUGAGAGAGGAAAACAAAGAGCUGCAGCAGAAAGCUGCCGCAAGUUCAGAUCAUUUUGCAUGCGUCCGAGAGAAGAAAAAGCUUCUGCAUCAGCUAGAAGAGGCCAAGCUCAGGUCUAAUCAAGCAAAACACGCCCAGGAAAAGAUCCAAAACGAGCUAAUUCAAGCGAACCUUAAAGUUAUUUCUUUUGAAGGUAGAGGAAAUUGGACCGGUUCUGAUGAAACAGAACAAUUCAAAACACAAGUCAGCGAGCUUGACAGUGAAAUUCAAAAGUGGGAGACUAGAGCAGAUGAAAAAAACUCAAGUUGUGGUACUAACACCUGUAAAGAUGAACAGAUGAACAAUCUCAGAAGUGAAGUAUGUAAACUUCAAGCGGAAGUUAAGGAAUGGAAAACCGUUGCAGACGAGAAGAAAGAAAACGCACAAAAAUCUCUAGCUACCAGCCUGAAACUUGUAAACAAGCUGGAAAUGCUCAGCCGGGACAAGAACGCUGCAUCACCUUGUUCAGACACUGCUGGUGCUGGAGAAAGUUCAGAUGGAUCAAGUUCAUUUAAACCUUCCAGAGUGAAUUUAUUGAAAGCAGAUACUCCUCUCACGCCACUUGCUAAAUCCUUAUCCAACUUGGAUAUCGAGUCCACGACUGCCGUCACGUCACAGGCAGCUCCCGCAGAAGAAACAAUCUCAGAUACCAAGAAAAGAGCAAGAACGGGUGUGUGCUGUAUUGGUACUGAACAAUGUAAAUAUAUUUCCAAUAGAGAAGAUUUGACGCUGAGUGUCGCGAAUAUUCCAGAAACUUAUUGGUUUUGCUUUAUUGGUCCUUGUGUUCGGAGAAGGGUUAUUUUUAGUACAAUAUCGUCGAUUUUAUUUUGGUUGUAGCUUUUUUCUUCAGCCUCAUUAAUAUUACCUUUGUCACAAUUGUUCACGAGAAGCAUUUCGCAAAGAGAACCAGUUAGCACCACUGGUUACAUAAAACAUUAUAAAGAAAAAAAUUUUCUUUAACUCCUCAUAAAUUCCUCGUUAUCUCAUCUAUACUAACAAAUUUUUUCCUGAAAUACAGUGUACUGGUUCAAAAACUGGCACAUUUAUUUGGACGACAGAAUCUGUUAAGGAAGAGCCGUGAAAUGCUUUACCGUAUUAACUGCUAAGGAAAACCUUUUUAGAGAAACAUUGCUUAUCUUUACAUUUUUCUUGAUAUUCUCACACUUUAGCGGUAGAUAUAAGAAUCGCGAAGAGACCACGUGUAUCAAGCGGCAGUGAAGCAGACCGCCAGACUGCCACCAUAAGGUUAAAUACCCGCAGUGCAGCCAAAAAAUCUGUUCAGCCUUCAUUUAAAAAAGACGGGGUGAGUAAAACUGCUGAUACUUGUCGAAACAGUGGUCGCGUUCCAGUAUUUGAGAUUCAGUAGUAAGGAAUGACCGUCUUAACUGGGUUAUCGCUUGAUUUUCGGCAGACAGGGAACGUUAAGAGUGGGUUCUGAUUGUCGAAAAAAUUUAAUGUUGACAUCUGCUUUAUAUUCUCUUGAUUUUUCCAGAAGGAAAAUCCUGAGUCCAUUCACGUUCUCCCAUGGGGACAGUUUGCCCCUCCAGAGAUGCCCCUGUCGCCACGGAAGACGAACACUGUAAAUAUACCACAGGGUUCGAGGUCAAAGAUCCCUAAACCCGGGAGGAGUCAAUUGCCAAGACCAAACAAACAAAAGAUUCCUGGUAAGAAAAAUAUCACCAACAGGCUCUAUUUGGGAAUGGAAUUUUAUAAUAUCAUUUUUCAGAAAUUCAUAGUAAAUGACUUGGAGGGAUAUUCAUAUAAAAUAAGGAGACGAGAAAACUACCAUAAAUAAACGUUUGCACGUUUUUUUGAAACCAACUUCACGAUAAUUGCUCGUUGAAAACACCCAAAAAAAUAUUAAGAAGGUUGUUGGAAGCUCGUGGAAUUUUAAAGUCGAAAGAGUACUGACCGUGGAUAGAUUCAGCUUCGAUAUUCAAUUAUCUAUUAGUGUAUAUACAGAACUUGGCGUCCGUUGUUAACGUCUUUUAGUAGUUUGUUUGCUUUUAUUUUUCACGGGAAGUUUCCUAGUGAGCCUCACCCCUGUGCUUUAG